AUGCAGACUUCAAACUUCCGAUUCGACGUCGGCCCUUUCACAAAGCCUCAGAGCAGCGCUGCAAUUCAGCGGGCUUUGAGACCACCACCGCCAUUUCCUGCUAAGGGAGGAAUGGACAUCGGAGGACUACUGAACGCGAGGAAUGCUGCGGCCGCCGACGCUGAGCUCAGACGUCAACUACAGGAGUCGAUGCAGAUGAACGGCGGCGUCGCAUACGGCAUGAGCCAUAACCAAGGCCCGCCCAUGGCUCACCAUCCCCAGCAUCCUAUGCAACAGCCCAAUGGAAUGCCCUAUGGGGCGAUGGGACAACCGCAGCACAACCCUCAGAUGUAUGCGCAAAGUUAUAUCCCUCGACAUGAGGCUCAGAAUGCGCUUGAUGACAACUUUGGUGCUAUAAAGCCCAAGAGUGAGGGCGCGCCGAAAGCAUUUGCCUGCAGUACUUGCCAGAAGGGCUUUGCCAGGCGGAGCGACCUCGCCCGGCAUGAACGCAUACACAGUGGCAUCCGGCCUCAUGCUUGCGACUUUCCCGGAUGUGGGAAGCAGUUCAUUCAAAGGUCUGCCCUGACUGUACACGCAAGAGUCCAUACAGGCGAGAAGCCACACAUGUGCGAGAGAUGUGGAAAGCCCUUCUCAGAUUCCAGUUCACUUGCCCGACACCGCAGGAUUCACUCGGGCAAACGACCUUACAAAUGCCCCUAUGCCAACUGCCAGAAGACCUUCACCCGGCGGACGACGCUCACGAGACAUCAGAAUCAUCAUACGGGCACCAUCGAGCAAGCAGCAGCAGAGACUAACGCCAAACUAUCGACCACCCAGGCUCAGAGUCAGUCCAUUUACGGAUCUACUUCCGGCUCUUCGAGGCACUCCACGGCCUCGCCCGCCGACAGAAACCUUUCGGUCUCACCAAACACAGAAAUGCCGCCUGUGACGAAUGGAAUGCAGCGGCAAGGUUCGGAUUAUGGCUACAUCCCCCAAAACCAUUCAUUGCCUCCGCACAUGCGUUCCGACUUCCAGCAGAAUGCAUCACGCCAAAGUCCCUCGCUUGGUGGCCACACUCUUCACAACUAUACGAGUGCGCCUCAGCAGAGACCAACCACGUCGCACCCUAGCAGGUAUGGCCCACCCCGGCCGAUGGAGCCUCCUGCAACCGGCACAGGCAGCGGUGGCGCUUCCCCUCACAUGGGUGCUCUCGGAUGGGGAUCGCCUAACAAUGGAAACCUUCCCAACCCUAACACGAUGGACAACUAUGCUUAUCCAGAUCCGGCUUAUGGUGGUCAUCAAAUCUACUACCCUGGCAGCAGCAUCCGCCGGCCUCAGAGCACCGAACCGGAGGACUAUGGUAUGCGAUCUCGGCAUCCGCAUAUGGCGCACCAUGUGCCUAUUACGGCGGACUGGAGUGCUAUGCCGAUAGCUGUCCAGGAUAACCGGCAAGAGCGAUAUGUGAUGUAG